CAAUUUACCCUCAUUCCUGGUACAAAAGUUCGUGUAGUUCUUGACGACAAACCGUUGACAAAGAAACGUUUAAGGUUAAGUAGAAACUAUUAUAUCGUAGACUCUACGCAAGGUAAUGGAUAUCUUAUAAAAGCUGCCGACGACUCUAUUGCGUUUUAUCCUCGUCAUAAAUUAGUUGAAAGUAGUAAUGGCAAACUUGCUGAAACCAUUGACGAAGCAAAGCGAGGAGUGGUUAUUGAAAUACUUGGCUAUAACAUAAACGAUGACACUUAUAAAGUAAGAUAUGAAGGAGGCGUUGAAGAUGUUAUACCAUCUAAGAACUUGAGAGAGUCGAAGCCAACACAUCUGGGACCAUUAGAGCGGGAGUACUGGAAAGACAAAAAUAUGCCAGAAAGAAUAAGAAAAUUCUUCUAA